ACAUAUGAAGCUAAACCUGAAGUCUAAAUGUGGAAAAAAGACAAAAAAUCUAUUAAAAUAUGUAAUCAAUAUUGAAGGUUUGUAAACACAUUAAAAAUCCAGUCAUAAUCAACAAUAAUAAUCAACAGUUAUUGCGGUCUCUGAAGCAUGACACAUGCAGCUUUUGAGACCAAAAUAAUAAAACAAGGUACACUAAUAAGCAUUUUCAGGCACUCUUGCUCAAUUCUAUUUGUUUUGCAGCCACAGCUUUGCUUGCUGUGGUUUGACCAGUAGUCUGCUGGCUAGUAUCAGCUUCUAUUAGUUUGGUGUUUAGUGUUAAUCUUGUUAUCGCUACUGUUCAUCCAGAGUGUCAUAAUCUUGCUUUACAGUUACGUUGGCGUGCACACUGUGGUUCGAACUAGGUUUCUUUGAUGGCGAAGUUGUUUUUUCAUCUCCCUUUAAAGUGUGCACACUGGUGUUUGGUGCUAAUUUAAGUAACCGCUGCAGCUCACAGCUGAAGAGCAGCAGCUCCUCACACCUGUGCACAGUUUCAGGCCUCCACUGUGAUCACAUUACAGGUUUAAGUCCAGUAGAUGCUGCACAACUGUGAGCAACAUGGGAGGAUGUGGUUAUUUGUGACCCAAGCCCCGGUGGUGGAUUUCCCAUAAGGCCAAGCAUGUGUCCAGUUGGUGUGUGUGUGGGAGCGAAGGGGGGCUUCAUGGGAAAACAAAUGCGAUGAAUCAAUGUGGAGAACAGUCGGAGCGCCGGAGGGAACAUAUGGUGGUAACCACUGAGGACUGAACAUCACGUCUCUCAGAGUAUUAAAGUCAAUACUCAGAUUCUGUCUUUAUGAUUAAGGUCACUGCUUUUGGAAACAAACAGCUCAAUCAAAUGAUUUCAGAGCCAUCAGUUGGAGCUUUACCUUGAGCUGCUACCCAGUCAAAUGUUGCAUCACAUCACCGUUAUGAAAGUUAGCGUCUGACAAAGCAACAUAAACAGCAUUGUUUCCCCACAACCACAAACAGAGUCACUGCAUCUUGUGACUCUGCUUUUGACUAAUUCGUCCACAAACAAGCUGAUAUGUGCUUUUCUUCCUGAUUGUUUUUGGCUUUCACACAAGUUUUAUCAGUGAAGGAAAAUAUGAUCAACUCCAAUAGACACAACAGUCGUUGCUUUUUGUGGUUUUCAUGUUUGGCGAGUCUCAUUUCCUGCCUGAGGCAGGAAAUAAGUACAAGCAGAAGACUGUGACACUUUGUCGAGUUUAUAACCCUCAAAAUAGAAAGUCAAGAAUCCCCCGAAACCUUGCAGAGUGUCAGUCAAAACAGAAUAACCCCCAUGGCACUGACAGAGGGAAAAUAACUUCCACUCCAGUCAUCUGCGAUCGCCCUCGAGGUCAUGAUGGGUGGGAUAACGACAGCCAGGCGACCCCCCUCUUCAGCACCAAUACUGUCAGAAGCUUCAGCAGACACAAAGUCGAGGUUGAUUUUUCUCUCGCAGCAUGAAAACCACAAAGUCUCACUGUCACACGUGUUUUAGUAGCAGCUGCAGCAGCGUGAAUCUCUGAUGUGUUGGAAGAGAUAAACAGAAAUCCUCGUCAUAUUUAAUAACAUUUGACAGAAUAAAAGCAAGGUACUAAAAAUACUAUCACAGAUACAUAAAUAAUACAAUAUCUAACAAAAGAACUUCAUUGGUGCAUCUUGUUUUGCCACUGAUUUACCCAAAUUUUUAAACUUUGGGCUUUAUAGACAGUCGUGGAUGUGCAAAAGUUCUUCUUAUACUGUUUUCAGGCUUUGUUACAGGCGUUGAUCCAUACAUGUGCAGUAAAUCGCCAUCUAUGCAUUCCAACACAUUCACAGUUCCUGCUCUUGUAGAGUAAAAAAAUGUUUGUUCUGAUGAUGAAAAUUAAGUACAUUGGACUCUAGCAGAAAAUAUAACACCAGUCUUGACCCCUCUGUCCACAUACAACAACAAAUAAGCUUCUUAUUCACCCUUUUUUUGAGAGGUGCCACAGUCAGCAGAUGAUUAGCUUAGCUUAGCAUCAGGGCUGGAAGCAGCUGAAGAUACCAAACUCCAUCUACUAGCAUUGCUAAAGCUCAGUAAUUGCUUCUACCAGUUGCCCAUUAGGGCAAACUGUACUAUAUUUGUGGAGAUAUUAUUUUCAGAGAACAGAGGCUGGAAUAGAAAUCUGAGGCAGGGCUCUAUGACACCACUUACCAGGUACUUACCAUGUAGUCUUGAUAUCUCUCCCCAGAAAGUUUCACAACCAUUAACGACAUGAGUCAUCCUUGUGCAGGUAGUUUCAUUAAACAGCCAUGUAAUUUGGGGGUUUGAAUAAAUACCUGGGAUUCUGGACCAGCCAGAGAGAAGUGAAAAAGCUUCUUGGAUGGGAGAUGAAAUGUGUUCAGUAACCGAAAGACAAGUCACAGUGAUCACCAGUGCACAAAAACAAUGAAUUAAAAGACAUUUUUAAAAAUUGCAGUAUACAAUGUAAACUUUAAUUUUCAUUUUUACAGUUUUUAUAUUGAGGAAAUUAACACACAAUGCAGAAUUUACCUUUUGUUUGCUAAUCCUGCAAGGGAAUGCUGAAAUAUGCAUGCAUUUGUGUUCCUGUCCUUCUGUCAGCAAAAAGAAAACAUGCAUCACCCUUCUGUACAGUCCCUAAGUAGGACGAACAGUAUCGUACUGACAGUGACAAUCGGCAUUCUACCUCUAAAACACAAGACUUCAUCAUGUCUUAUGAUACCUUUUCACCCCGUUGUCUACACACAUUGGGGUUGUUUGCAGGUUGUGGGUGGUUUGGGCCUGCAGGGACUUUACCAUGUUGUCAUGAAUGUCUGCCCAUGAAGAAACUGAUCACUUUAACAAGAAUGCCUCCCUCCUCCUCCACCUCCUCUUCCUCCUCCUCCUUCUCCUCCUACUCAGGAUUUCUCAAGCUCAGGGCGGGGUACUGAGUGUGUGUUAGUGUGUGUGUGCUCAUGCGUACAUGCCAUCAAGUGUGGCGUGGUCUCCACAAGAGGCGGAGACAACAAAAGCAGGAUGUGAUACAGCAGGACUUCACUUCCUCAUACUGCUCCAUCAGAAACAGCACAGUGCAGAGGGCGCCACCUAUUGGCCAGCAUCUGGCACAGUGGCGGCGUGCUGGUAAAAUUCCAUUCCCACAGAUAAGGAGUGUACAAGUGCAAGCAGGCCGCAGUAAAAUUACUUGAUAAGAUCCGAGGAGCCUUGUGAGUGUUUUUGGGAAUUCCAGUCAUGUGUGGCUGGAGGAGCAAAACAGAGGAGGCCUGGUGCGUUAAUAAUAGCUGAAAUGGAGGUUUUCUUUUUGUUUCUGGCUCUUACAUGAGUUCUCUGAGGGCUCAGCUGGACCCCACCCAUGUCAAUCCACACUCAGUUUGGGACCCUCCUGCGUUCUUCCACUCCCGACAGUCCACUCACAAACAACACGUGUCUACAAAAACUUGGAUAUCGCACGUUUCUUGGCUCACUGGCAAAAAAUUCCUUAAGCCAGAACGCUGGUGUGCAGAAAAGGAAAGUUAAACAUUAACGCUGCUGAAAGCCUCCUGGAAGCUUUAACUUCCAUUUGGGGUUUUUAAAGCUGCUGUUUGAGGACCUGAGAGCCAGAAGCUAUUAUGUGAAGAGACACCAAAUCAAUUUUCCCUCAGGGCCUCCAGCACGUUGGCCUCAGCUGCAUGAAUCGUAGAAGCAAAUUUUUAAUAUAACAUUAAGGAGGGUGAUGUCAUACCGGCAGUUGCAUAAUGGCACCCUGCUCAUCUAUUUAUGUGUCAUGGGGGUAUUUGUGCGUGAAUAACAACAUAUAUAAUUAGAGAGGAAUGUGCUUUGAAAUACAGUGCUGCUGCUGAGUGCGAUUCACUGAAUUAAAAGAGUAAUUUUCAUGUAAAACCCACUUUCUGGUCCAGUUAUAUUAUUGACACGGCCAGUGAAAGCAGCCUUGGGAUGUUUGUGGGGAUCACAAACAGGCCUCCAACUCUACUAUUACAACUCUUGGCAAAUUCACUGAAUGCAGCAUUACAGAGAAGAGAAACAUCCUCAAAGGGCACAGUCAUUUAAUUAAGUGUGUUUUACAGUGAAAUAUUCCUAAUGGGACUGUACAGAAAGGAUUAGGGCUGGAGGAUGAUGCCGACUUCUUGUUUUGACUAUAGAUUUAGAUUUAGGCCAAACUUCAGCCAUAUAUGUAUUAAUAAUAUGUACCUUUUAGAGGUUUUCAACCAACAGAAUGGGUUUGGAUUGUGUACCAGUUCCAGAAUCACGUGUCCGAAAGCAAACCUACACCGGUGUUGUCAUGAUUCCUAUUCAGAUCCAACUGGCAUCUGGUUUUCCUAGGAACCAAUAUUUUAACCGAACAACCCAAAUUAAUUUGGGCAAAAUACCAGGAGGAAUUGGACCAGUUGUCAAAAAGCCCUAUUGAAGGCCCAAAAUUGACCUGAAUGUAAUUGCUGUGAUUUCUGUCUGUUUAAUGUCGAGGCAAGUAAAUGUGUGCAAGUUAUUGAGACUAGCUCAACUUUGAAAACAGAAAAUCUGAGGCACCUUGAUGGUGCACAAGCUGCACCAUCCAUUCUUAGUGUUACUGUCAGAGAAUAUACGUGCUGUACAAAAAAGGAAUCGUUUGCAGAAGUCAUGGUCCCAUUACCAACAAAAACUCGCUUAAGAAUGGACUUUUUGAAAGCACUUAGCAAUCUAAUCACUUUCCUGCUGUUUAGCCCAUAGGGUUUUCCCUAGCGUUUCAAUAACCAAAACUAUUUGUCCUGUUAGCAGCCACAUUUACUAGCUUCACUUGCAAGCAAUUAGCAGUUAGUUGCUCAGAGGGCUUUUCUACUGUUCCAAUAAACAGUCUAAACUUACGGUUCAGUUAGCAAACUGUGAGAAAACUUAUAGACUGUUGUAUUCAGAAGACUGUUUUUAAAUAAAGACCUCUGAACUUAUUGUCCCAUUACCCAAAACUAGCUUCCAAACUGACUGUAAGGAAUUACUUAGUAAUCUAGUUAGCUCAGAGGACUUUUCUCUACUACUGUUACAAUAAACUGUCUCAACUUAUUGUCCCGUUAGCAACAAAUUAACUGGCUUACCAACCAGCAUGCAGUUAGCAUACGGGUUAGCCGAGAAAGCUUUUUCUCCUUUUCAAUAACACAUAUUACUGAAUGAAAUUAUGUCAAAUCUUGAGAACACAACACUAGGAAGAAGUAAACAGCAUAGGAGAAUCUGGCAGCUGCAGAAUUUUUCUAUAAAUUUGAGAUUCAUUAUCUGAAAGUCUUCAUGCUUUGCUUCUGUUGCUUAUUAGUGCCUAAAAAAGUACCAGGUUUAUAUUGUUUAGAGCGUUUACUAGUCAAGUCUUUUGGUUUUAAAUAACUCAACCAGACAGUCUUGCAUGUUUACAAAGUGAAACCUAAGGUUCAAUCUUCCCAACACAAUAAUUUCCGUACAGUAAAUAGUUACACAAUGUUUUGGCUGCAAUAUAAAGUUACACUCUCAUUUAAACAAUAAUACAUAUGUUCCCCUUGAGCCACACAAAGCUUCUAUUUUAUACUUAACUCAGGUCACUCUUAAGUGUGUGAUCAAAACUUCACUGGCUCCGAAGGCAUAAUAACAGCAACCUACAAACUAGUCUGUCCACUGUUGUGGUUCUGACGCACGGAAACACUUCUUGUCUGAGCUCCAUAACCAUGAAUUAUCCUAAACAGCCAUUCAUCUUCUUCUCUCAUUACAUGCACUUCACCACAGCUGACAGACUUGCCUCGUCUUGCUUCCAGAUAACUUCUACUUUUAAAUUCUUGUCUGGAGGCCGUAUGUGACGACUGCAUGUUUCUGCAAGUCCUGCAAAUCCUCCAUUAGUGUUACAGCCUGGCAGAAAUAAGUAAGCGUAUGGUCAUAAUCAUACAGUUUAAUGCAUAAGUGUACUUCAGGUUUUCUUUUCAAUGAAUGCUGCAAUUGUAGGUCACACCCACAGCUCUUACUGUGCUUUUACUGGCUUAAUCCAGCUUUGUUGUUGUUGUGAAAUAACAGGAAAGAGGCUUGUAAAUAAACAGAAAUCUAGCCUGGCUUCUGAAUACCUGCUGUGGGAAUAACCUGAAAGCCAAAGGCACACACCUAAAUCCUUACGUAAAGCAGUAAUCCCACAAUACAUUUUAGACAAAUCACUGGCUGACAGCUGCACGGCUCUGUGGUGAUACUUUGUACAGAUUAAACUCAUUGCAAAACAUUUCAAGGACGACUGCAGGAUGUUAGAGAGUCUCAUCACUCAGAAUCUCAUUUUAAAAUUUGGAAUGAACUUAAUUUCUCAGAAGAAUUACCUCAAAACAACUGAAGCGUGCAUUUAUUGCUAUUAUAAGAAUGAUGAUGGCAAACUAACCCUAAAACCUCCAUGGUCCUUAUCAGGAUGUGAUUCUGUGAAACUGUGGCUCCAUCUAGGGGUGAAAACAGGAAAGUGUUCUGUUCUGGACACAUCCAACAUGGCUGCUCCCAUGCAGACGUUUGUUGGAUUGUUGUUAGCAGGAAGAAGCUGCAAACCAUGAAUGAAACCAGGUAAACCACAUGCACAGAUUCUUGUUCUUGUUCUGUUUGCAGCUACAAUGGAUGCAAAGGAAAUAGUCCAUUGUGCUCUUCAGAUAGAGAAACUGAAUUCAGAGGGAAGCUAUGGGGACAUCGCGUCUCUCCUUGGAGACCUGGAGAAGUCUCACAUCACAGCAGAGCAGCUGGAAACAACAGACAUCGUCAAAGUGCUGUACAAGCUCCUGAAAACCUGCUCAGACGACAGCGUGAAGAAGAUACUCAAGAGCUUGUUGUCCAAGUGGAAGAGACAGUACAGCAAAGAUGUGAAAGGAGUGAAAUGGACAGAGGAUCCUGAGAUAACUUCUUCAACAGAAGAGGCUAGAGAUGGUAGAGUUUCCAACAAUUUCCAUUCAGAUGCAGGACAAACGUGUGACAGUAAGGAGGACAGCGUUGCAGAACAGGAUGCGACAUCUUUACAGGCUAAACCGAGCUUCCGGACUUCUGCAUCUUCGGAUUCCGUUCGAAGCAAAUGUGCUGAGCUCCUCCUCGCUGCCCUCCAACCUGAACCUCCUGAUGGAGACAAAGCUGCAGAGUUAGCCGGACACAUCGAGCAGCACAUCCACGAGCUCCACAAACCCAACCAGGUCAAAUACAAGGCCUGUAUGAGGAGCAAGGUAGCCAACCUGAGGAACCCCAAAAACAGUCACCUUCGUCAGGGCCUCCUCAGCGGCUCCCUGCCUCCGGAGGACUUCGCCCGGAUGUCUGCGGAGGAGAUGGCCGGUGAGGAGCUCCGGCAGCUGAGGGAGGAGUAUUCAUCCAGGGGGUUGAGCGAGAGGCAGCUUCCUCGGGGGGUAGAAGGGACGCAGACGCAGAAGAUUCGCUGCAAAAGAUGUGGCGGAUCAGACUGCAGGGUGACGCAGGUGUCCAGAGGAGCCUUGUUCUUACCCGCAUGGGUGAGGAGCAGCGGCCCCGACGACGACGCCAUGACCUUUGUGACCUGCAGCGGAUGUGGACAGCAGUGGUACCAUAGCGGCUGGACCUGCCUCUAAACCAGCUGUCAGGUGAAUCAGACAGCAGUGAUGAACCAAGAGAAGUUAAUCAGUUAAUCAGGAAUGGAAGCAACAGACCUACAAAAGCAUUUGUUUUCAGAUUUAUGUAUAAUUCAGCCUCCAUGCACUAGAAUUAUCAUAAAGGAAGGAUCAGUUUGUCUCUUCUUUUCUUGAUUAAGUCUAUAAAAUCCUCAUUUCCUUGUGUCUAAGCUGACAUAUUCAUUAUUCAUGUUUCGUCCAAUCAGCAGUCCCAAAUACCUAGAAAUUCUUCACAAAAGGCUACAACCAGAAAAAUAAUACAUUUUUAGGAGCUGGAACAGUUGCUUUUUUAAUUUGCAUUUUGCCUUAAUAAUAAGUUUUGUAAUGUAUUAAGCUGUGGUGUAUGUUCAACAUUGUGUGACGUUGCCCUCAUAUGAGUUGCUUUUCCUUUCAUUGUGCUGUUAUGUGGACUGAGAAAUGCUAGAAUUCUUCACCACAAUUAGGAAAGAGUUAUGCUAUUCCAGUUUUUAAUGUUUAUUUUAAUGCCACAUCGAAAAUAACAGAAUGAAUGAGAGACUUUCCUGAAACCAAACAUGUCUUUUUUUUUUUUUUUUUUUACCUUGGUAACAUGUCCCGACUGAGUUUUUGGGGAGAAACAUCAGUCAAUGCCAUUUCUGACCAUUUGUACCUUGAAACUGCAGCUUCAUAAACAUGAAUUUAACACAUUUUCCAAGUGCGUCAAGGUUUCUUUUUGGUUCUUGAAGAUAUUUCACCUCUGAUUGAGGAAACUUCCUCAGUUCUGAUUGACUCUUACCCCUAAAUUUCAUGACUAAUGGCUUGUUAACAACCCAAGGAUCUCAUGAUGCGAGAUGUGAACAGUUGUGAAACUAUCUGGUGAUUGAUCUCAGGACUGCUUUCUAAGUACGUGAUUGGGUGUUGUAGACCAUCUCCUCUGUUUCCAGUUGAAGUGCAGUCCAAUCUGUCCUUUCUGUUUUGAAUGUAAGCAACGCUCUGAGACAAAAACUAGUUCAUCUGAAGGAUAAAACACACAAACACAAGCUGAGCAGCAUUGUAUCUGCAGUCCAAUGGAGCAAGGAGUGACAGUCCCAUAUGAAAUCCAGUUCUACAGGACAAGACUCAUUGGUCCACCUGUAUCUAAAGGAUAAUUUAGACAUUCCUUUGAGGACAGCAAUGUCUCAAAACAGAGGAGGAGGUCUAGGAUGCCACUCAUCAGGUACUCAGAAUGCUCUCUUAAAAUUGUUUGCCAGACAGUUUCACCACUAUUAACAGCCUGAGUCAUGCUUCAUCUGGCAGUUUCACAACCAUUUACAAGCUGCUAUUGUGUGAUGUAGAGCAACUACAGAUGAACUGAUGUGCUUGAGCUGCAGUGAGUGGAGAAACAUGGAUGCACAAAGAGGCAGGGACUUCAUAGAUCUGCACAUUCAAGAGCAGACAAUGUAGAGUUACAUCUGAGCCAUUUAAGGCACAAGGGUAGUAUUUUUAUGAUCAAAUAUCUAAGUUUGAUUUACAGAGAUGAUUUUUUAUGGGUUGAAUCAACAACUGGAGGGACUUUAAUCUAACUCUAAAACAGGAGGAUGAGUCAAAGGGAUUAUGGUUGUGGUUUAAACAAGACUGAUUGUAAAUUUUUUCGUGAUGGAACUCCAGAAUUUGCCUUUUUGAAAAUGCUUUCACCAGCAAACCUGUUGCUAAGCGCUCAAACUGUGCCUGGUUAAGUUUCCGAUUCAGGCUGAAAAGCUGAGUCACUGCUGAUUGCAUUUACGGAUCGAAACGUUUCAAGAAGUAGCUCUCGUCAUCUUCAAACCAUUUCCUGCCUCUGCUCUCUAACAGCCCUUUAGUUUAUUUCUGCUUACAGUAGCUCAUUAACUGCUUUUUCCUGCCCUUGCUCUGCUGCAUUUUCUGGCCACUGAAGUCUGAACCUUUGCUCUUAAUAAUGUAUAAUUUUUUAUCUUUGCUUAUAAGGGGAUUCUUCUGCACUUAUAGUGAGUAAUUCUGGGUUUGAAUGUUGAGUGAAUUCCUUAGAAAAGAAAAAAAAACAUGCCUCUGGCCUUCCAUUCAUUUGUGGCCAACUGAAUGUGGAGAAUGGGGCAUGUGACCUCUGACAACGGUGAGCAUGUGAGUCAUUAAUCUGCCCUUCUGAGCAGCCUGGGGUGGGUAUCCACUGGUGGUCUGCCGAUGUGGCACACUGACUCAGUUACACAUCACAUGGACAGGCCUUUUAAGAAAUCUUUCACUUUUAUUCUGGUUAGUCUGCUGAUCCAACAACCUUUCUGUUGUGUGCAAAUGUCCAGACGUUAAACUCUCAGUAACGUAUCGUCAGCUGUAUCUCUCUGUGUUGUGUCCCCCUUCACAUGCUCCUUGUCUUUUAGGCUGGAUAAGAUAUAGAACCAAUUUCAUGCUUUCAGUCACAUUCACAGAAAGAAAGAGACAAUAAGUAGGUAACAGAGAUGACAAGGUGGGAAAUUAAAACAGGAGUCUGUGCUGUUUAAAUGAGCUUAAAACACUUUAAUAGACUUGUGGAGUGUUGUUGCAAUGUGGUGCAAGUUUUUGGUAUUUUAUCUCAGUGGUUCCUCAUAUUUUUGGCCUUUAAUGUGAUCCAAUAAAACAAAUCAGUUUAGAUGAGAUCCUCCAUCACAAGUUGAGGACAGAACUGCUGAACGUAAAAAGCAGGAAAGACAGAAAAAUAUCAACAGAAGUUAGUACAAGAGUAAAAUGAGCAGCAGUGUUAGUUGUAGUUGAAAUAUAAUAACUCCUAUACCUGUACAUUUAGGAUGGGCAGUGCAGUUUUGAGUGGGUUUGUGCAACAUUUAUUUAUAUGUUAUUUUAUCUAAUUAUUUUCAUACAUAUAUAGUAAUACAUUUUGCAUAAUCUAUUUCACAUAUAUAUGUUAUCUUAGCUGUUGUUAUCGUUUUUAUCCCACGAAGGAGAGGCAUUCAAAAUUUCGCUGUACAUAUAUGCAAUGACAAUAAAGGCAUUUGAUUUGA